UUUAAUUUACAUCUUCUUCUUCUUCUUCAAUCCUCGGUUUCAUCCAAAAUCCACUAUUCCUCUUCUCUGAUCCAAUCCCUUCUUCUUCUUCUUCUUCAACCAAUCUCUUUGAUUCAACUCACAUAAUGUGGAAACUGAAGAUCGCCGAAGGAGGUAGUCCAUGGCUGAGAACCACCAACAAUCACGUCGGAAGACAGUUUUGGGAGUUCGAUCCGAGUCUCGGUACACCGGAAGAACUCGCCGCCGUCGAAAAAGCUAGAACCUCUUUCGCUGAGAACCGAUUCUUUCAGAAACAUAGCUCCGAUCUGCUUAUGCGUCUUCAGUUUGCAAGAGAAAAUGUGAUUAGCGCAGUGUUACCACAAGUCAAAAUCGGAGAUACUGAUGAUGUUACAGAGAAGAUUGUGGAGAACACGUUAAAGAGGGGUUUAGAUUUCUAUUCAACAAUACAGGCGCAUGAUGGGCACUGGCCUGGAGAUUAUGGUGGUCCUAUGUUUCUUCUACCAGGACUGAUAAUUACUCUCUCCAUAACUGGUGCACUGAAUACAGUAUUGUCGGAACAACAUAAACACGAAAUGCGCCGUUAUCUUUAUAAUCAUCAGAAUGAGGAUGGAGGUUGGGGUUUACAUAUUGAAGGACCUAGCACCAUGUUUGGGUCUGUAUUGAACUAUGUUACUCUAAGGUUACUUGGAGAAGGACCUAACGAUGGAGAUGGAGCUAUAGAGAAAGGGCGAGACUGGAUACUAAAUCAUGGUGGUGCUACCAAGAUCACAUCUUGGGGGAAAAUGUGGCUCUCGGUACUUGGAGCUUUUGAAUGGUCUGGAAAUAACCCACUGCCACCUGAGAUAUGGCUUCUUCCUUAUUUUUUGCCAAUCCAUCCAGGAAGGAUGUGGUGCCAUUGUCGGAUGGUGUACUUGCCGAUGUCGUAUUUGUAUGGAAAAAGGUUUGUGGGUCCCAUAACGUCCACUAUUUUAUCACUAAGAAAGGAGCUUUUCACUGUACCAUAUCAUGAAGUCGACUGGAAUGAAGCACGCAACCUUUGCGCAAAGGUUCGUGGAAUUGAUGGGUUAACUGUUUUUAUGCUGAUAGUUGCUUCUCUAUUGAAGGAGGAUUUAUACUACCCACACCCACUUGUGCAAGAUGUUCUUUGGGCAUCACUUCAUAAUUUUGUUGAGCCGGUUCUAAUGCGAUGGCCUGGUGCAAAUUUGAGAGAAAAGGCUAUAAGAACCGCAAUAGAACAUAUUCACUAUGAAGAUGAGAAUACUAGGUACAUCUGCAUAGGUCCCGUGAACAAGGUAUUAAAUAUGCUUUGCUGUUGGGUAGAGGACCCAAAUUCAGAGGCUUUCAAAUUGCACCUACCAAGAAUCCAUGAUUUUCUUUGGAUAGCUGAAGAUGGAAUGAAGAUGCAGGGUUAUAACGGAAGUCAGCUAUGGGAUACAGGUUUUGCUAUUCAAGCGAUUUUGGCAACUAACUUUGUCGACGAAUAUGGGCCCGUUUUGAAAAAAGCUCAUUCAUUUGUCAAGAAUUCCCAGGUUUUAGAAGACUGCCCUGGAGAUCUAAAUUACUGGUACCGCCACAUUUCUAAAGGGGCUUGGCCUUUUUCAACAGCAGAUCACGGUUGGCCCAUCUCUGACUGCACCGCAGAAGGACUGAAAGCUGCUCUUUUGCUAUCCAAAGUUCCCAAGGAGAUUGUUGGUGAACCAAUAGAUGCAAAACGGUUAUAUGAUGCUGUUAAUGUUAUCAUUUCGUUACAGAAUCCAGAUGGAGGCCUUGCAACAUAUGAGCUCACCAGGUCAUAUCCUUGGUUGGAGCUAAUUAACCCAGCAGAAACCUUUGGCGAUAUUGUUAUUGAUUAUCCUUACGUGGAAUGUACAUCAGCUGCUAUCCAAGCUUUAAUAUCAUUUCGAAAGCUGUAUCCUGGUCAUCGGAAGAAGGAAGUAGAUGAGUGCAUUGAGAAGGCAGUUAAGUUCAUUGAAUCUAUUCAAGCAGCAGAUGGCUCAUGGUAUGGAUCAUGGGCUGUUUGCUUCACGUAUGGUACAUGGUUUGGAGUGAAAGGGCUAGUAGCUGUUGGAAAAACAUUGAAAAACUCUCCACAUGUUGCCAAAGCUUGUGAAUUUCUGUUGUCGAAACAACAACCUUCUGGAGGAUGGGGAGAAAGCUAUCUUUCAUGUCAAGACAAGGUCUAUUCAAACCUUGAAGGCAACAGGUCUCAUGUUGUAAAUACAGCAUGGGCUUUGCUUACACUCAUCAGUGCUGGCCAAGCUGAGGUAGAUCAAAAACCACUACACCGGGCUGCAAGAUACUUGAUAAACGCACAGAUGGAGGAUGGUGAUUUUCCACAACAGGAAAUAAUGGGAGUCUUCAAUAGAAACUGCAUGAUUACAUACGCUGCGUAUCGAAACAUUUUCCCUAUAUGGGCAUUGGGGGAGUACCGUUGUCAGGUAUUAUCGCGACAAGGAGAAUGACUUAAGUGUUCAAAGUAGUUAUUUCUCUAUAGGGAAGGAACUGCGUAGCUCCAAUGCUUACCUUUUUCCAAAGUUGUGUUAUCUGUAGUGGAUCUGCUCUGAUGGUUUCGUGAACCAGUCUUUGUGUAAUUGACUUAAAACUCAAUUUCUUGAUUGCAACGUUUUUUUGUAUUCUCUUGAAUACCGAUUUUAGCAAAAUGUCUUUUUUUUUUCUUUUUUUCUUUCUUAGUUAAUGUAAACAGACGUUUUCUUGUAUUUUCAUUUCAA